CUAAAACAAAGGACGAGAAGUAAGAGUUAAAAAGAAACUUACUGGAUAAAUUACAACAAAAAUAAAGAUUUCUUCUGGAAGUUCAUAUAUAAGAAACCAAAGCAUCAACAGACAGGAAUCUCACAGCAGUUAUAAUGUUUCCUAACAUGCAGCUUAAGCGGACACUUUUUCUUUUUGGUCUGUUCCUGUGGUCUAGUGAAUCUCUCAGAUGCAACAUUGGAUUCAGUCAAAGGAACAACAGCUGUGUUGAUACAAAUGAGUGUUUGAUGGUUCCGGGUGUGUGUGGCAAUCACUCUCAGUGUUUCAACACAAAUGGAGGUUACUACUGCACCUGUAAUGCAGGAUUUCGGUCAACAACACCCAAUUUCACAGCAACAACGGGAGAGUGUAGGGACCUCAAUGAGUGUUUUGAGAAAACACAUGAAUGCCCUGGUAGUAAGGUGUGUAAAAACACCAUUGGCUCUUAUGAGUGCUCCUGUCCACUUGGAUAUCAUGAAACAAGAACAGACUCAGAAUGUGAAGUGAAUCUAAUAAAUGUAGCAUUGGAUUUGCAAGAAGAAACAGUAUCUGUAUUGAUGAGAAUGAGUGUGCGACGCAGAGUCCGUGUGGAGAUCACGCUCAGUGUGUAA